AUGGCUCUCUUAAUCCUCUACUUUGCAUAUCUUUUCCCCUUUGCCUUCUUAACCAUUAUGAUCCAAAAGAUGAGAAAGAAGAAAAACUAUUCAACUUUUAACAUACCACCAGGACCUAGAGAGCUACCUAUUAUAGGAAAUAUUCACAAUCUGUUAAGCUCUCAACCCCAUUGGAAAUUAAGAGACUUGGCCAAAAAAUAUGGACCCAUAAUGCAUCUUCAACUUGGAGAGGUUUCUACUAUUGUCAUUUCAUCACCCGAGUGCGCUAUGGAGGUGAUGAAAACCCAUGAUAUUAACUUUGCAUCAAGGCCUCGACUCCUUGCUGCAGAUAUAGUAGCUUACAAUUCCACAAAUAUAGCUUUUGCUCCAUAUGGUUAUUACUGGAGACAGCUACGAAAAAUCUGCACAUUGGAGCUUUUAAGCCUAAAAAGGGUCAACUCAUACCAACCAAUUAGAGAAGAUGUGCUUUCCAAUCUUGUCAAAUGGAUUGCCUCACAGAAUGGAUUGCCAAUCAAUCUCACUGAAGCUUUGAUUUCUUCAAUAUACACUAUUGUUUCGAGGUCCGCCUUUGGAAGUAAAUGCAAAGACCAAGAAAAAUUUAUAUCAGCGCUAAAAGAAUCGAUAAAGGUUGCAGGAGGUUUUGACUUGGGAGAUUUGUUUCCUUCUGCUAAAUGGCUACAACAUGUUACUGGGUUGAGGCCUAAGCUUGAGAGGUUUCAUCGCCAAACAGAUCAGAUAUUAGAAAAUAUCAUCAAUGAACAUAAAGAGGCAAAGAACACAAAAGCCAAAGAUGAUCAAGGUGAAGUAGAAGAUGAUCUGGUAGACGUUCUCUUAAAAUAUGAGGAUGGUAGGAACAAGGAUUUUUCCUUAACAAAAAACAACAUCAAGGCCAUAAUCCAGGAUAUUUUUGGUGCUGGAGGUGACACAUCAUCAAGCACCAUAGAUUGGGCUAUGGCAGAAAUGUUAAGGGAUCCAAGAAUAAUGAAGAAAGCCCAAGAUGAGGUGAGAGAGGUUUUCAAAAUGAAAGGAAGGGUUGAUGAAAAUGACCUCAACGAAUUAAAUUAUUUGAAAUCAGUUGUCAAAGAAACCCUGAGAUUACACCCUCCAGUAUCACUUUUGCUACCAAGAGAAUGUGGUAAAGCAUGUGAGAUUAAUGGCUAUCAUAUACCGACUAAGACUAAGGUGAUAGUCAAUGCUUGGGCAAUUGCAAGAGAUUCAAACUAUUGGACCGAACCAGAGAGGUUUUAUCCAGAGAGAUUCAUUGACAGCACCAUAGACUAUAAAGGGAGUAAUUUUGAGUACAUUCCUUUUGGUGCUGGAAGAAGAAUAUGCCCAGGGAUCACAUUUGGUUUGAGAAAUAUUGAGCUAGCCCUUGCAAUGUUGUUGUAUCAUUUUGACUGGAAGCUACCCAGUGGAACCAAAAGUGAAGAAUUGGACAUGACUGAGCAAUUUGGAGUGACUGUCAGAAGAAAAGAUGAUCUUUUACUGCUCCCUUUUGUUUAUCAUCCUUUGAAUGUCACCUGA